GAUUACGCCGUCCUGGCUGCGACAACCAGUUUCGCCACUUCUUCUCUUUUUUCCUCCCUGUACUGCCUUUUGACACUCAAAAGCCGCUCGCCUUCGUUUGAUUAAACGGUCAACCUCCCGUCAAAGUCCCCAUCUGAUCCACCACGACGAGCGUCCUUUGAGCCGUUGUCGAAGAUGAAUCCUGAAUACGACUAUUUAUUCAAACUGCUGCUGAUUGGAGAUUCUGGCGUCGGCAAGUCUUGUCUGCUGCUUCGCUUUGCAGACGACACGUACACAGAGAGCUACAUCAGCACGAUCGGCGUCGACUUCAAGAUCAGGACCAUCGAACUGGACGGCAAGACCAUAAAACUGCAGAUUUGGGACACGGCUGGCCAGGAGCGUUUCCGCACCAUCACGUCAAGCUACUACAGAGGCGCGCACGGGAUCAUCGUGGUUUAUGACGUCACCGAUCAGGAAUCGUUCAACAAUGUGAAGCAGUGGCUCCAGGAGAUCGACCGUUACGCCAGCGAGAACGUCAACAAGCUGCUGGUCGGUAACAAAUGUGACCUCACCACUAAGAAAGUGGUAGACUACACCACAGCAAAGGAGUUCGCUGACAGUCUAGGCAUCCCGUUCCUGGAAACCAGCGCCAAGAGCGCCACCAACGUGGAGCAGGCCUUCAUGACCAUGGCGGCCGAGAUCAAGAAGCGCAUGGGCCCUGGCGCCGCCGCCGCAAGCUCUGACAAGUCGAACGUGAAGAUCCAGAGCAAACCCGUCAACACCUCGUCCGGAGGCUGCUGUUGAUCGCGUCAGGAGGAGGCGGAUCGUCCGCACGGCGUGCGCAGCUACGACAAGACAAGAUUGACAACUUUGACCCUGAGUCAGCAAUAGCACGGAAGCCAGCAGGCCUUCUUUUUCUUCUUAUUCACACUUCGGCGUGUCCACUUUUUAAUCCGCACUCGCUUCUAUUUUUGUUUUUCGUUGGUGUCUUUACAUUGUCGUCAUUUCGCAAUGCAGCACACGCUCGGCGCACGCGUCAUCUCUGACUUCGUGCCUUCCGGCUGCUCUUAGCGGAGGCCGACUCGCGUCCCGCCCCUCACCCGCCCCGAGUGUAAAUACGUGCUAGCAUGAUGCUAACCAGCGUGUGCUCCAUUGUGGCCCGCCCAUCUGUAAAGUGUAUAUAUUUAUACAUGACACAAAAGUCCAUUAAAACAUGAAGGAGAUGUUUGAUA